AUGGUUUAUCUCGUAUCAUUUGAACCUGCUAUUAUUGUUGACCUAAAUUAUGGAAGAAUAUCAAAAAAUUUCGAUUCUGGAAUUCUACUGGAUGUUGCUUGCUCACCACUAUCGAAAAUCUGCUACAAUGUUUAUGAUAUCAUUGAAUCAUCUAACACUAAAAGUGGAAUUCGCGUUUUGGGCCUUAAAGACAGUCAGAAAGGUUUUGAAACAAUGGUUCCAUUAAUUGCGCCGAAGAAUGCGAAUUCCGCGUAUUCUGAUACUCGGAUAUGGAAGAUCGAUCACAGCCAUCUUAAAUUGCAGUACACUGCUUCACUGAUAACUGCAUCUUUCGUAACUUCAUCACUACCUUAUUUGUUGGGGACUGCAAUGGAAGGGAAAAUGAUACUAAUUGGCUUAGGUGGAGGAAGUGAACGUUAUGACACGAUUAUUAUCGAUGCUUGCUCUAAUAAUUCUAUUUUGCCUUGUCCUUCUGAGCAAUUUGCAAACAAUAAUUUUAUUGAAUUACUUUCAAAGUAUCUUAUGAAGCCUUCAGGUAGCCUUGUGGUUAAUAUUCUAAAUCUCAGUAAUGAUGAUAGUCACCACGAUAUGAUUGUUGCUGCAUUUCGAAAGCACUUUCGCAGUUGCGUCACUAUUCGUUUAAAACAGGAGUUGAAUAUUAUAUUAACUUGUGUAUUAUAUAAUUUAGAUGAUUUGCCUGCAAAAUAUGGUAAUGAUUUCGCGAAACGUUUUGAAAAAAUUUGGCAUUAUUUUGGAUUUUCAUUAGAAUCAACUUUUCAAGAUCCAAUAUUAGAAAACAAUUAG